UCUAUCCAUCCUCACGACUAAAUUACUCGCGAGUCAGGACUCACGACUCAUACAGCAACAUCAUCCCAGGGAGCAGGAGCAGGAGCAGGAAGUGCACGUCUUCGUCCGCAGUCUCCGCUCAAUCGUCCGCCACCGAGGUGGGAGAUGCAAGAUCAUGAAGCAUUGGGAGGACAAGAUGAACCAGUGCUCGAUCCUAGUGCUCCACGCAAGGAGAAACCCGGUGGCUCUUCUUCGACAUCUCCUUCAUCUGCCUGACCAGAAGAAGAAGGUGCCAAGACCGGUGAAAACCGCCGUCAUUGACACGGUGAGAAGGUACGAAAGAAUCAAGCGCCGAAGCAAUGGCACAACACCUCUGCAGCUACAAGUCAACGAUGACCUCCUUUGGUCAUUCGAAGAAGCCAAGGGCACAUCCGAUGCCAUGCUUGUGUGUCAUAUUGCCACAAGCAUCCUUGAAGCGAGAUCACGUGGCCACAAGCAGCCUCUCUCUGACCAUGAGAUCGUCGCUACUCACUUGUCACAAUACUGCGCCUACUUGGUGGCCAACUCUCCAGAGCUACUACCCGACGAUGCCGUGUGGUGCAGGAGCAUCUACGAGGCCGUGAAGAAGGAUGCCACGCGUGUCCUCCGGGACGGCGGCGAUCAGGUGUCGACGGCAACGCCCGAAGAAGAGCAUCAGCAGCUGUUCAAGCUGUUGAGCGAGCAGUCGAAGCACCAUGUGCUCAAGGAUGGCGGGGAGCUCAGGCGGCGGCUGGCGGAGCUGCCGGAAGGAGAGGAGGUGGCAUGGAAAGCCCUCGCGGAGUUCUGGUCGGAGACAGUCGUCUCUGUCGCCGCUGCUUGUGACAAUAUCGACGAGCACGCGGAGGCCGUCGCCCGGGGCGGGGAGCUGGUGACGCUCCUCUGGGCGCUGCUCGCCCAUGUCGGGAGCGUCGACGACGACACCGCCGAUGCCGCUGCAACUCAUGGUGCUCCCGAUGCUGUUUAAGCGUGUUAUGUUAUGCAGUAGUAUUUGCUCUUCAUUUCAUUUGGUUGGUACCUUGCAAGCUGUUGCGUGUAAAUGUAAUGCUCUUUCUAGUGUUCUUAAAGAGUGCGUUAAUUGUUGCUAUUGUGACUGUCAUCUC